ACUUUUUGACUUUUGACGGGGAAAAAAUUUUUUGCACGGUGAUUUCAUAUUAUCCACUUGACUACAGUUGAGGUAGAUUAAGCCGUGUGGCGAAAAGUCAUUUCACUUGUAACAUAAAGUAGUAUCUGAAGUAACUUUACAUUAUUGAAUUUUUCAUGGACUUUAUCAAGUCAAACAUUUUGUCGGGCUGAUACGUUUAUAUUGGUACAGGGUCGUUAGGAUAUUUGGACAAUGUUUGCGAUGAGUAUACAAGGAUAUUUACACAAUUUCUGUUUCAAAUGAUAAGACUUUACUGGUCAGCUUACGAUGGUCUGACUUUUGCUGAACAUUACGUGCAUUUUAUUUAUAUAAGUGACCAUGCUCAAAUAAAGGCGUAAAUGUGUCGUAUUUUUAUGAAAAUUUUUUUUGGUCAUUUUUGUGAAAAAAUGUCAAUGACCUAUUCUUCUGCUCUAUGAAGUACAUGAUUAUUAUUAUUGAUGGAGUUUAUUGACUUGUUUGAUUAAUUCGGAAGAUUGUCAGAGCAUUAGUGUGGAAUGUUUUGUUUUAUCAGGGAAUUACACAAAUAAAGUGACUGUUACUCAGAAAUAUUCAUUGUGUGAUAAGGUUUUAAUGGUUAACAUAGAAUAGCCUUCUCAGGGAUGCUAAUUGUGAUUCCAGGAAAGAGAUAAUUUUGUUUAGGUUUUGCUUUGUAAUCAGUAGAUAGGUUGCUAUGGAUAACGAAUAUCAGUUGUAUUGUGUUUUAAAAUGAUACGAUGAUUUAAAGAAAUGUUAAACUAAGUAUUUUAGUUGUUAAAUCUAAUGGGCACAGAAGUGGCGUCCAGGCCACCCAUUCCGCCUGGCCUUAAUGUAGGCUCAAACUCACAAGGCCCGGGGCCGGGCCGCAAGAAACGGGAGAGGGAGCGGUCAUUUUCUAGUUCUGGAAGUAUUAACACUUCCACGAAUCGUAUAUAUAGCCGAGAUUAUCAGUUACGUAUUCAGGGUCAGAAAUACAAUCUUGCCACAGCCUUUGUUUGUAUGGGUGCUAAAAUUCAUCAAAGAUUCUCACCGUCCCAGGAUGAAACUCAAAAAUAUUCUCAUGGAUCUCAAUUAAUGUUUGAAGAAUUAUCUUCACAUAAUGUGCCAAGACGAGCGCAAAAUCAAAAUUCUCAUGUUCGUAGAUGUAAAGAAUCUCCUCAGGAUUUAGUUAGGAAAAAAUACGGACAUUCCCCGGAAUGCUCGAACUUAGAUGUCGAGGUUGUGGGAUUUAAUCAUAGGAAAACAAACUCUUUAGAUCUCAGUCUCCAAUAUUUGGAAUCUCAUGAAUUUUUAGAAUAUUCAAAAUUUCAUCAAAGACGCGGUUUAUCGAGAGUAACGUUAGAUGAACACCCGACAAGUUCCUUAGAAAUUGUCGACCCCCAAAGCUUGCCACAUGAUUUCUCCAACAAAAUUGUUGAAGCUAUAUCAAAUUUUCAAGAAACGCCAUUGAGUAGUAAUCGAUCAUCACCAACCAUCACUGAGGGCGAAAUAGCUAGCUCUAGUCCAUCUAUUGUACAGGGAGAUAUAUGGGGUACCGGAAAUACUACCGAACGAAGUAGCGUAGAUUCACAAUACUCUUGGGAUGAGUUUGACAGACAGGCAGCAAAGACGGUACAGAAUCUGUUUGACGAGAUAGACGCGGUAUUAGAGCGUCGUAAUCAGGCAGAAUACAUCUUCAAAGAAUGCCAAGAAUGGGGUUCCCUCUUCCCUCACUUACGGGUACUAGGACGGCAGUUGCUGCCAGUUCAAGAAUCGGGGUACGAACUUAUCGAGCGGGAAAUGUCGCGGCCCAACACCACAAGCAGUAUGGGAUUGAUGGACGUCACAGACCAAGAUCUCUCUGGCUCACAAGAUUCUCAGGGGUUGUCAGUUAGUGGGAGGCAAGUGCGGGCCAUUGUUCCUCCCGUCGAGGCUCGGUCACGUAACUCAGGUACGCCAUCAACUCACCUGUCUGAAUUCUCAUUUCUCGAGGAGGAAGUUUACGAUUCCGAGGGUGAUUAUGAAGAAAUCAUUGCUGUCGAUUACAAAGAUAUUUAUGAAGACCACCAUGAGAAUAAGAAACAGUUAACACCGCGGAGAAGACGCGUAGCAUAUCCACCUAUAACACCAAAUGCUUGCUUCAAAGAUAGUGUUGCAAGCUCCACGUUUGAUUGCAUAUGGCAAGAGGUUAUUUCAUGGAUAAGACCGCUGUUGAAAAAAUACUCAAUAAUUGUUUUAGAUGAUAAAAGGAGGAACCAGUCAAUCCAGAAUAUAUCACAAACAUUAAAGAAUGCAUCAACACCAGGGCCCCCAUCAAGAGAAAAUUCACAGAUCAGGUAUAAUCCAUUGGGUGCACGAGCACACACCAUGUUGGCACUGGAGAGACCGGUAGAAUCACCGAAACUGGACGGUGUCCUUCAAAUAUCACAGAAAAUACCUAUACACAGGGAGACCUCAAAAAUAUUAUCUGAUGUAUCUGAGCAGCAGAUGGCGGUACAGUUAGCAAGGCCAGUGUCUAGUAUACCCACAAUGAUGCGGCGGCCGGGCAGUACUCGGUACCCACCAGGUGGACGUGGCAGAGGAAAUGUCAGGCUCGCACCUAUCUCUCAUGACAAUAGGUCCAAAACACCAAGUGUGGAUGAGGAGAGGAUAGCCGUACAUAACCCGUUACUAGUGAAGAAGAUAAUUCCACCUGGUAUCCAGGGUCGUCUCUCAUCUCCCCUUUACAAUACUAGAAAUGGUGCUGCCUUACCCCCUAUUGGUACCCCUAUGGAGCUUGAACCCAAUGUUCGUCUACAGAAGAAGCUGGUGUCAAGUCGAGCAAGCAGCGCGGUUGAUAAGGAUUUAAGAGUUGCCUUUAAGGAGCGAUUUAUCAGUGCUCAGGACACAAGGCCUAGUACCACUCAUGCUUUUAGGUCGGAGACACCUCAGGGAAUGGCUAGACGAGCAUCAACUCCAUUCAAUAAUUCCGUUGCAUUUAAUAACUCAUCCUCAUCCAGAAAUCUUAAUUAUGGUCCAAUGCAUCUUGAUAUUCGGGGAAAUGGUCUUCAACCGUCACAAGAUAUGGGUCAGCUUGGAACUAUUCCGUCCGAAAUUCUCGAAGAUCCGGAGGGUAUUGAAGAAACCGUACGAGCAAACCAAUGGAAUAAAGGUUAUAUAAUAACACCAAUUCGAUAUACAAGCGCUCCACAGUUCUUGUAUUACAAACAGCGCUCCUUCGACACCUAGUCAUAAUAACCCAUAUUAUCGCAGAGGUCGGCAAAUGAGUUCCUUAGUACGAUCAUGAACACUUCAUCAUUUAACAAUAAUCUAUAACUUAUACAUAUACCGGUACAUUUUUUUCUUUUUUUUUAAUAAAAAGAUAUAUAUUCAAAAUGGACAUUCUGUGAAUGCUGUUGGACAAAACAAAAACUUCUUAAUAUUUUUAUUUACUGACAAACAUGACAGUAUGUGCCAAAUUGCCAAACAGUGUCAUUUUAUACUGUAGACAUGUGAACAUGAAUGGUACAGUGGUGGUUUUUAGUGAAUUCAGAAUUCCAAGCUUUCAUGUGAUACUGACACACUAUCUGGAUCUUGGAGAUGGAUUUUAUCAGUGAAACAAGCUUCUGAGUACAAUGAUGAAAAUGCAGACUACAUUGUAUACAACAGAAGAAAUGGUGUUUUCAGAUAAAUGUGAAUUUAAGAUUGGUAUAUAGAAAACAUGGCUUGAAUCAAGCUUCAAGGUUCAAAGUGCACAGUGCGAGUUUGAGCAAAGGUUUAUAACUAUGACUGAAGAAAUUCAGGAUUUCAAGAAAGGGAAUACAGGAAAUGAUACAUUCUUGGAUAUUGAUACUGUUGACUGAAAUGGAUAAGAUGAGUGGCCUCAUAUAUGAGAUAUUAUAGUUGUGCUAAAAUGGCGGUUGUUUUCUUUUAUUGUCUGUGAUAGUACAUUAUAUUUUUCAUGUAAAAUUAUGAUAAGAUUUCUACAUUGUAUAUAACUUGUCUCUAUACUGUAGUAAGUUCCAAGUGUCAAGUUUCUAAUAAUAGAAAGGGCCUGAAAGAAAUUUAAAAAAAAAAUUAAAAAUGCAGUGUUUUUUCACACUGCUAAUAGAUUAAAUAACCUGGUGAUAUUUUUAGCAUGAAACUAUUUGAAAAAUUUUCAGAAUGUAUAAAGAGAAUUUUUAUUUGUUUCAUAGAUAAUAAUUAUUUGAGCUGCUUUUAUAACUAUUUAUUCAUUAUAUAUUACUGUAAGAUUUAGUGUUUAACUUCAUAUGAUAAUUCUAUUAAAUGUCAGUCUGAAUUUAAAGUUGGACUUACUGCACUUGAAACUUUUUUUCAAAAUUCAAUCCAGUCUCAGAUGUAUUACUCUAGAGGCAUUAUUAAACUUAAGUUAGCCAUGUUAGACAUAAUGGUUAAAAAUAAACUAAGUAUUGAACUUAUUUCUCUUUAGACCUUAUGAAAAAUCAACUUAAGCCUUUAAGUGAUUGAAUUUAUUGAUCAAAGUUAGCAUUGGCCUUGGACUGAUUACACUUGAGACUAACUACAUUAUUUUGACCCCUACUAACACUUAGAUUUGUAGAGAUUUUAGAAAAAAGGUGCAAUGCGUGCACUCUCUUAAGUUUUCAGUGUGUUUAAAGUUUUCAAUGAAUGUAAUGCAUGGAGCGACAGACUACUGGCAUCUUGGAUUAUGUUCCCAAGAAUUUUACUUAAAAAAAACCAAACUGCCUGAACCAAUUGUUUUUAUAUACAAAGUUUUGGCCAGUUUUAGAUUCUAGAUUUAUGGUCUAUUAUAUAUCUUAUCUUUAAACUCUUUGCAAUCCUAUGGUAUGAAAUUUUUAUGUAUAAAAUUUUAACUUCCCAAGGGACAGUAAGCCUAAGCUAUAGUAAAAUGUGAUGGUAAACUAAGCCCUGUUGGUAAAAUGUAGUUAUUAAUGCUAAAAGUCCUUACUUUAUUUUUCAAUUAAACAUCUCAAAUUUUAUGUUUCUUUAUUGAAAGGAAAUACUGCAGAGAUUUGCACUUAAUGCACAUUCACCAAGUGUUUUUAAAGUAACAGUUUGAGCUACAUUUCAUCAAGUUAAUAUGUUUAAAAUUUAGAAUUAAACAGGAAUUUUUGUAAAACUCUUUAAAUUUGACAACAAAAUAUCAAAUUUUGAAUAUUGACAGGUAAAAGAGCAUAUCAUAGCAUAGAUAAAUGUAAUUUUUAUGCUUUUUCCUUAAGAAAUUCUGCAGUGGUACCAUUAUUAUUUAAUUAAAGUUGAAAAUUAAAAAAAAAAUACCACAUUUUUGUAUUUCUUAAAAUAGUACCUUUGAUAUUACUUUAUUGAUCGUUACAUUAAUGGGUUGGAGUACAGAUCUAUUUCUAUGUCUAUUUUUGCCACAUUUAUUAUAAUAUAUAUAUUAUUGUUUAUUUUACUUUUUAAGUAUAAAAUGGUAAUUUUUGAAAUGGCCUAUCAUUGAAUAUUAUAUCAGAAACUUAAAAUGUCACAUAUUUAAAAACACUCAUCAUGUUUUUGUUUUAUAAUUUAAAGUAAUCCUUCCAUUGUCCAUUUAGUUUACAUGUACUUGCAUACUUAAUAAAUUGCAAACGUUG